GCGAGUUUAGCAGACAGCCUCACGCCUUGGUUUCGAGAAUAUUUAGUCCUAUUUAUCACCCAUUUCAUCCAUCCCAUCUCUCUCUAUCUCCCAUCAUUUAUUUCAUGAAUAUUCAUCAACCUGGGUUCACAACACCACAAGACACCACAACCAACCAUGUCCUCGCCACUCUCAUCCCCCUCAUCCCCCAACCCCACCACCCCCUUCUCCCCCACCUCCACCUCGACAACCCUCCCCUCCAGCUACGCAACCCUCUCCCUCCACAAGUCCGACACCCUCCGCUUCCUCAACUUCCCGGCCACCCUGACCACCGCCCUCGAGCCUGCCAUCCUCGCCGCCUGGCCACCGGGCAUCGACUCGUCGUCCCCCGCGGGUGGUGGUGGGGCCACCAGCCCCGGCCCCGGCCCGGCGGUCGAGUACAAGUGCAAGGGCCGCCCCUUCGGCUACUACGGCACCCAGCAGCACGUCGGCGGCAUCCGCCUCGUGCGCGACGUGCUCGCCGUGCUCUACCGCCACGGCUGGGAGCUCGUCACCUCCGUGCUGUGCAGCCGCCGCUAUACCGCGAAGGAUACCCUCUUUUUUCGGUGCCGGGCACAGGCUGGGAGACCAACGGGGGCGGGGGCGGGUGCGGGUGCGCUGCCCGCGGUGGAGUGGCUCGCCCUAGCCCCUAUGGGGACGGAUAAGCUGCGUGUGGUGUACGACGCGGAAGGGGUGAAGCUGCAUGGCGCGGUGGGCGAGGAGGACAACCACCACGACCAUGACCAUGAUCACCUCGGGGUGUUGGUCUCGGGGGUGAAGAAGACGCUGCAGGAGAUGGGGUGUUUUGAGAAGGGCGACUGGAGUCACGACUCGUUUGAGUUCGAGCUCAAGGGAAAGCCGUGGCGGUCAAGGGGGGAGGCGAGCAACACGGUGCGCAUCAUGCUGAUGCGGCUGCUUGAGCUGAUGGAGGGACACAAGUGGAGGUUGUACGCCGCUUUUGUGCAGCGGACGGGGUCGGAUGAGGAUAGGAUUUUGGAUACGUGGUACUUUGUCCGGGAGAAGGGUGAGAAGGGGAAUAAGGGGCAGGCCGUCGAAAUGGAGGCGCCCGUCAAGGCGGAACUGUUGUGAUAGCCACACUUGUCAUUUUCCGGACACGUUCGCCCGCUGUAAGGCUCUGAGUGGACGAAAAGGGGGCACUUUACUGGUCAAUCAUAUCAACAACCAAAACGCAUCGAGAUUUGCAAAUUGCCUGGCCUCCUGAGCUGUUCUCUCUGUGGUUGCUCGCAUGGACGUUGUGCGGAAUCCCAUUGCAAGAAAGGCCCGGAAUAUCGCCCGGAAUAUCCCGGCAGCUACCCAGAGACCUAAGCUUUCUGGCUCAAAGUCUGAACACACAACGGGCAGGAACUGGUGGUGUUGAGUACCCGUUCGGUGAGUCGUACAUGCCUCCGAGUUUGUCAGUAACUUCCAGGUUAGAGGCAACUCUUAGGCACCCAUGCCUCGCGCCUUCCUAGGUGGUCACUCAACAAAAGCUGCCCGUGC